CGGGCGCGUUCAACAAUCGUCAUUAGCAGAUACCUUUUCACAUAACGAGCAACUAUCUUCUACAAGGUGGCGACUUCGUUUCAAUCAAAAGCACUAACAAUCCUAACACAAAAUCGAUAAGAAUGAUUGAAAGGAUAGAACGGCAUUGCAGCAUUGGUAGAGUAUUAUAAAACGCAAGGAGACAACGAAAAGAAGUUCAUCAAGUAAGUAGCGUAGGAUGCAGUACUUUUUCUACGAGGUUGCUCCUGCAGCUCCAGAACAGUUCGGAAUUGUGCCUUUCGCUUCGAUCAAAACACCGUUAAACAAUCAUUUUCUUCUUGCCUUUCCGGUUGAACUUUGUUGCUGACAUCGUUUGUAUCAAACUUUCUCCUUUGAUCAUCAAAUGCAUUGCCACUAUCAACACAUAUCCAAAUUCGAAGGAAAAGUAUUGGAAUACAACAAACAACGGCAACGAAGCAGAAAUCCCAAGUUCGAAUUCCAGAUUCACGAAUCUCAAAUACCGCGGCAUUUCAUCAACAAUUUCUCCGGUUAUUUUCUGAUUACCAAAACACAACAGCACUAACACCAUGAAGUUCAUGGAGAACGAGAAACUGAAUCAAAUUUCUUCCGAGCUCUCGGAGGCGGUUCUCAAAGAUUCGCACCGGAUGAUACAGGGCAGAAUCGAAGCGUACACAAUGAAAAGAGCCGGCAACGACAAGAAAUUUGCGCACGCACUGGGGCAGAAAUAUAUUGCCGAGAUCGAAGACCUUCAGGAAGAACUGGCAGCGACCGUCGAGCGGAAACGAAGGCGACGCAGCAAUUCGGAAUCUUUCCUCUUUACGACGACCAAAAAGUCGAAGCUCUCCCUGCCCUCAACGCCGGAAUCCACGAAGGCUCCCAGCAAGCGGGAACGCGCAAAGUCCUUUGACUGCACGCUGGAUUCUACAUCUAAGACGACACUCGGAGACUUUUCGGAGAUUUCCAMUCGAAAACUCAUGACGGAUCUCAUCCUGACGCUGAAUGCAUCCUUUCCGGACUACGACUUUUCGACUGUCAAGCCGAAUCAAUUCCAAAAAGUCAAGAUGGCCGACGUCCGCAAGAGCAUCCACGAGAAUCUCUCAGAAUUUGCGUCGCAGCGAAGCUCUCCGAAUUUCUUGGAAGAACUCUGGGAUGCCCUGAACGACGUCAUCGAUUUGCAAGAGGCCAAUGUGUACUCGUUCGAUUACGAAUUCGCAGACGACGACGAAAGCGGGAACAAUUCCCUCUGGAAUUUCCACUACCUUUUCGUCAACAAGUCCGUCCGACGAAUCGUCUUCUUUACUUGUUCAGAACGAAUCAGUGAUGACAUGACGGGUGCCCAGGGAAGCGCCGACGAGGUCGACGACACCUCCGAACGGGUGGAAUACUAUGCCAGGGAGAAUGUGUACACACCCGUGGACGACGUGGACUGGGAUCCCGGAGACAACAUUGCCGGAGGAAUGUCUGUGGAAGUCACGAUUGGUGGGUAAUACAACUUCAGAAGAAGAGGCGAGGAGAGGAAGAGGAUACAUCGAGCAAAAGAAGACUCGGUCGGGGACGAGAAGGGACUACCAAAGUAUCGAAUGGGUUAUUGCUUUACAGCAAAAGUCGAUACGUGGAUCCUUCCUUUGUGGGUACUAUGGAACGGAAUUUUUACUCCAUGUUGUAUGCUUCGGAUACAUGGAAUUUUAGUAUUUUUAUAUAAACUUUUAUAUAGAUUCUGAGCGGGACAGCGCAAAACGUGGGGAUAUACUAGGAUUAUGUUGUGUCCCUGUUGUCAUGGCAUUCGCCCUGCGGUUGUGCGGCAUCGAGUAGGCAAGCGAUUUCAUUACGGAGCGAUGCAAGAGAGAUUACAAUGCGCAUGCGACGAAUGAAUGAAUUACAUCCAACCGGAUGGUGUUCUACGGAGGGCGUAACAAAAUAAAAUGCCUAGA